AUGGCCAGCUUCAGUACUAAAAACCCGGAACCUCUGAUCUCAUCUCCCAAAUAUGUCAACACUCCUAAUCGUGAUCCAUCUCCUGAAGUUGACGACGUAGAGAUGAAUUAUGAUAGAAUGGAAGUCAUGAAUGUUUUAGAUGAAGAAAGCGGCAGUGGGAAUGAUGGGCAUGAUUCCGAUAAUUCCAACAAUUCUGACGCUAGUGGAUUGAACAUGGACUGCAAUGAUGGAUUUGGGCUUGACUCUGAUUCAGAAGAAGAGGUUAGUUCCAUGGAGAAUCCGUGGCAGCAGGGAAUGAGUGCAAGUGAAAGAUUGGAGGAGGUUUCCUCUCGAAACUUUGCAGAGAUUGGGCAUGAUUUUGGUAUCUACGACAUGAACAACAUUCGUGCAUUUAAUUAUAAAGUCCAAACAGCGCUCGGUACUAAUGAUUUUGAGAAGCUUUUCCCCAGUUGGGUGACCUUCCGUCACUUCAACGCCUGCAGACGCGAGCAGCAUUUCUCUCGGGAGUCUCCCCUGUCUCAUAUAAUUGCUGCAUCAACUCUUGUUGUUUGUAUGCAGGACACUUCGCCAACCACCAGGAUUGUCCUUAUUGUCACGAGCUCUGUUACGAUAACAGAGGGAGGCCUCGGAAUACCUUUCACUACCUCCCCCUCAUUCCCCAACUUGCAGUAUUGUACUCAAACGAGGAGAUGGUUCAGAAGAUGGAAUAUCGUGGGUCAUAUCCCUACGGACAGGGAGAUAUGGAGGAUUACCUGGACGGGUCAUACUAUCAGCAGUUACGGCGGGAAAAAGUUGUCAUCAAUGGUCAGGAGCUGCCAUAUUCAUUCUUUGAUCAAGUUACGGACAUUGCAUUGGCACUGUCAACUGACGGUUUUUGUCCAUUCAAGCGGCGAAAACAGUCAUGCUGGCCGCUCAUCCUUUUCAAUCUCAACCUUCCCCCAACCAUAUGAUUCUCCCUCACCCACAUUAUCUGUCUGGGCAUCAUCCCUGGUCCCCACUCUCCAAAGGACUUGGAUUCAUAUCCUAUACCCCUCAUUGAAGAAUUGUUGCGGCUUGCAGAAGGCAUUUCUACCUAUGAUGUGCUGCGUGGGCGUCAAUUCAUACUUCGCACAUACCUGA